GCCGUCGCGAGACCAGUGCUCCGCUUUUUCCAGUUCGUGGUCGCUUCGUUGCGUAACCGCAAGCAGUUUCCGACGACCAAACCUGUAAAAACUCUCCCUUUCUCUCUCCUCGCGAAACUUCCUACUCCAAUAAAUCACUUCACCAACUCCAUCAAAACUCGUGUAGAGAGAGAGAGAGAGAGAGAGAGGGAGAGAGACGAGGCACUGCUCGAUCAACUGAGAAUUCGCGGCUUGGCGAAAGAGGAUGGCGGGUGUGGAUGUCGAGAACAGGGGAGGAGGGCCGGUGAAGAACGGAUCGAGGGGCGGCGGCGGCGGCGGCAACUAUUACUCCUCGUCGUCGACGUCGUUCGUGGUCGACGACGGCGAGACGCAGUGGACGUCGUGGCUGGUGCCCAUGGUCGUGGUCGCCAACAUCGCGCUGUUCGUGGUGAUGAUGUACGUGAACGACUGCCCCAAGCACAACCGCGCCGGGCCCUGCGUGGCCAAGUUCCUUGGGAGGUUCUCGUUCGAGCCUCUCAGGCUGAACCCUCUCUUCGGCCCUUCUAAUUCCACAUUAAUCAAGCUUGGAGCUCUGGACUGGCAUAGAGUUGUGCAUCGGCAUCAAGGAUGGAGGCUUGUCACCUGCAUCUGGUUGCAUGCGGGCGUCAUUCAUCUCGCCGUGAACAUGUUGUGCCUGAUACUCAUUGGAGUCCGCCUUGAGCAGCAAUUUGGGUUUGUGCGCAUCGGAAUUGUUUUUCUUUUAUCAGGAUUUGGUGGAAGUGUGCUUUCUGCUGUGUUUAAUCCAAAUUACAUAACCGUUGGUGCCUCUGGUGCUCUUUUCGGGCUGCUUGGGGCUAUGCUGUCGGAACUUUUUACCAACUGGACUCUUUACACAAAUAAGGCUGCAGCAUUGGUCACUCUGGCAUUUGUGAUUGCUGUUAACAUUGCUCUUGGGAUUUUGCCACAUGUCAAUAAUUUAGCUAAUAUCGGUGGCUUCUUGACGGGGUUCCUUCUCGGCUUUAUUUUGCUCCCCCGUCCUCAAUUAGCAUGGUUGGACCGUCGCAAUCUUCCAGCUGAUGUUCCUGUCAAAUCCAAGUACAGAGCCUAUCAGUAUGUGUUAUGGGUAGCUUCCUUGCUGCUGCUACUUGCAGGAUUCACCGUAGGGCUGGUGAUGCUCUUUCGAGGAAAGAACGUUAAUGACCAUUGCCACUGGUGUCACUAUCUGAGCUGUGUGCCCACCGAUAGCUGGACUUGUAAUGGAAAAUAAAUUCCCGAGGGUGAUGGCCACUCCUGAUAUGUAUGUACAUCGGGCAUUUUUAUUCAAGGGUAGUUCAACUUUGCUUCAUACGACCUAUUUAUAGGGCAACAUGUAGUAUGUAUAUGUGCCUGGUGUUGCUCUCCAGUGGGACUGUACAUGCAGGAUUAUAUUCCUUUCGUAAUCUUUUGUAUAUCUCGCCAUAAUUGCCGACACAGACUGCCUAGUUGAGCUUAAUGCAGUUUCUUAGUUUUCUUGUACCC